AUGACGCCAACCAUUGUUAUGCAUAAUACAAAUAAGUUAUCACACGAUGAUGACGAUACGCAUUCAAAAUAUAAAUUGUAUGGCUGGAAAAAUUUAAGAAUUACUGGUAUAUUAAGUCAUCCAUUAUCUGCCUAUAUAAUAUUAUGUACUUGUAAUUUUAUUCAAAAUUUUUCUGUUAAUGGUGCAAAUAAUGCUGUUAUAUCAACAUUAGAACGUGUAUUCUAUUUAAGUAGUGUUCAAUCUGGCCUUUUUUUGGCCUUAUAUGAUUUAGCAACAGUAUUUUCAUCACCACUAGUUGGUUAUUUAGGUAGUCGGUAUUCGUCGCCAAUAUUUUUUUCAUUAAAUAUGAUUAUUGUCGGAAUCGGAAAUUUAUUAAUUGCUUCGAGCAAUUUUGUUGGUCAAGAUUCAAUAUUUAGUUUUAAAUCCGAUUCGACGCAAUAUACAACAACAGCUGAUGAUGUUCUCUUUGAAUGCUAUAAAGAUCCAUUCAAUGCAAAAAAUAUAAGUAAUCUAUCAUGUCUAAGACAAGGUCAUAUAUCAAGUACGCCUCAAAAUGCUAAACUUCUUAUAUACUUUGGUAAUUUCGUUAAUGGAAUUGGCAGUGUAGCUUUAUUUACGAUUGGUAUUGCAUAUAUUGAAAGAAUAUUUCCCCGUGACAAAGCAGCAUAUUGUCAAGGGGUUUAUUUUGCUGUCGGUACGGUUGGCAGUGCACUUGGCAUUGUAACUACAGGACAAUUUUUACGAAUUAACACAAAACUCAUACCCAGAAACCAACUUCCAUAUUGGUUAACGCCUAAUAAUCCACUAUGGAUUGGAUGUUGGUGGUUACCUUAUAUUAUUUAUGGUAUAUUAUGUUUCAUUAUUGGUUUGAUUGUUUCUGGUUUGCCGAAUUAUGAAAAACCUGGCAAACAGCAUCUAACUGAAGCAUUUAUUUCGUCUCGAUCGUCUCAAAAUGAUCCCAAUUCAUCAAAUCUUCAAAUAUCUCAACAAGACAGUUCGACUCGUAUUUCAAUGCUUAGUUCAUGUCCACAAACACCUGCUUUACGAAGUGGUCCACUUGAAUUACAAUUCGAUUCAAAUGAUCAACAUGAAACUGCCCUCCCUUCAUUAAAGUCUCUUACUAACGAGUAUCGUUUAUCGCAUCGAAAAUCAUGUCAAUUAAGUUCAACAGAACAUGUUUCAACAGCCGGUACGUCAUUAAACGCGAAAAAUACUACAGAAAGUGUUGUUAAUCAAGUACAUUUAAAUGAGUUAGUCUGCAAAAAAUUAACAAUUACUAAUUCAAUACCUUCAUCGUCAAUCACAAAUGAUUCAACACCAUCGGUACUGUCAGCAUCAUCAUCAACGAAUGUCUCGUCAUUGCCUAAAAUACCAAAACAAACAAUAUCUCAACAUUUGAAUCAUAUGUGUAGUGUCAUAUUAAUUUUGAUGAAAAAUACACGAUAUAUUUUCAUUGUUAUCGGAAAUUUAUUUGAAGGCAUUUUGAUAAAAGGAUUUGUGCCAUUUAUUACAAAAUAUUUCGAAUAUCAACAUCAAUUAGACACCUCUAUGGCUACAUUAUUGACUGGUGCCAUUGCUCUACUUUCAGUUAUUAUUGGAUGUCCACUAGGUGCCUGGUUUUUAAAUAAAUUCUCUUGGACACCGAUACGAUGUGCACGCAUCUGUGGUAUAGUAUUUGUAAUAUCAUCAUUUUUAUUCUUAUUUCUUACAUUCUCAUGUCCUGAACGUAAAUUUGAAUAUUCAUCUUGCACUAAAAUUAAUUUCAUUUGUUGUCAGAACAUAUAUCAUCCAGUUUGCAGUGUAAAUGUACCUAGUAGAAUGUUUUUAUCACCAUGCCAUUAUGGUUGUACCAAUUAUACAACAACCAAUAACAGUGUCAGUUUCUAUUCAUCAUGUAAUUGUGCAGAAGAUUCAACAGUACGAUUAUCUGAAGCCGCUUGUAAAUUUCGACAAAUUCCUUGUGUUGCGAUCUUUGUUUUAACAAUGACAGGUGCUACACUCGUUGUUUUCUUCACAGCAUUUAUUCAAGUUCCAUUAUUACAAGUACUGCUAUAUAGCGUACCAAUAUCAUGUCAAAGUAUGGCACUUGGUCUUCGGCAAACGAUUGUUCGAGUUUUUGGUCAAACUACGGGUCCAUUAUUAUUUGGUUUUAUUUUUGAUCAAUCAUGUUUAGUAUGGCUGACAGAUUGUUAUGGGCGAAAAACAUGUGAAGUCUAUGAUAAUCGUCACAUGGGUAUAUCAAUGGCGUUAUCAGGCUUUUCUACUCGCAUAAUAUCGGGUAUAGCCUGUAUAAUUGUUUUCAUUCAUUGGAAAAGACAUGGAUCUGAUGCAGUUGUAAUUCCUGCAAAUUCAAUCGCAGUAGCUGCCCCUGAUCUAGUAAAUAAAGAUGAGAAUGAUGAAGUGACCAAGCUAUGA